CAGAAUGGAGGGAUCUCUGUGACAGCAAGGAAAGGCAACUGAGCUUGGAAUUGAGCAAAGCCAAAAGGAAAUACAGCACAGAAAUGAAUUGCUUCCGGUUGAUGUUGCAGUCAAUGUAUAUAACGAUAGACGAAUACAAAAUUCGCAUUGCCACAAUGAGCGACGAAUAUGAUCGUCAAUUCAACGAAAUUAACGACAAAAACAUAAAGUUGCAAAGUGAUAUCGAUAAGAUGGCGGUACAACGGAAGUUUUUGGAAGCAGAAAUGGAGUAUAUGAAAGUAAGAGUUCGAGAUAUAUUGGCGGGUGUUGAAAGCGAUAAAGUAAAGAAGGGGAAACGUGUGCCAAGACAGCCUUCGCAAAUUUCCCUUUCACAAAAGUCCAGGUCCAGCGUCUUGAGCUUCCGGAAAAAUAUCCCCAGUCUAAUUAAGAAAAAAACAGGACAAUGAAUUGCUGAAGGGUAUGGCAGCAUGAUUAAAGAAUGGGAAAUGUUUUUGAAAUAAAUUCCAAAAUAUAAAUUUUAAACUGUAUGUGUGCAUUUGUUUUUAGAAUACGUGAAUGGGUUUAUCUUAGAGAGCUUGGUGCGUUUUGCACCGCCACGCUCAAAAUCCCUAACUUAGAGCUUUAUUUAGAUAAGAUACGGACACGGUGAGAGUAAAUGGUCUUUCUGAUCGGCACUGGCUUAGCCUCGGUACUUUAAUGAGAGCCUUUAAGUUGUACGUGUCCACAUCAAAGCUAUAGAAAGCAAGGUAAGGAUUAUUCCCCGUUAUACAGACAUAUCUACAUAUGUAAAUAUUUAUUGUAUGUACGCGAUAU